CUCGCAGGGCAUUCCCGGGUGUCCCCACGGGGUGUUUGGGGCAGCUCUGACCAGCCCUUCCUUUCCCCCAGAGCCCCCCCCAGCGAGGCAGAGCCGUGAGGGGCUGAGCCUUCCCCGGGGAGCGGCUCCGUCUGCCAGGAUUUUUCAGAGAUGCUUUUAUUUAUGGCUCCUGUCGCCAGGAUUUUUGGCAGGUGCUGCUGCUCCUCCUGGCUGGUUGUUUUGCCCCUGGAGUACACACACACACGAGCACGUGGGCCGCGUGUCUGUGUCAGAUCCGGGGAGCCGGUUGUUUCCCGGUGUUUUUAUUGGAGCCGGGAAGCGGCUGAUGAGCAGUCGGGCGAACGAGUCAGGCAGGUCUUUGGCCCGGGCUGGGAGAGGAGGAGGCUGUUUCUCUUGGGUGCCAGUGUCGAGUCCCUCUCGGUGUAUGUGUGGUAACAACAUGUCUGUCCCCCUCCUCGCCGACGCCGUGACCGUCUCAGGGGCAGAGCGGGAGACCGCCGCGGUCAUUUUCCUACAUGGCCUUGGAGACACGGGGCACAGCUGGGCCGACGCUCUCUCCUCCAUCCGCCUCCCCUACGUGAAAUACAUUUGCCCUCAUGCGCCCCGGAUCCCAGUGACCCUCAACAUGAAGAUGGUCAUGCCCUCCUGGUUUGACCUCAUGGGAUUGACUCCGGACGCACCUGAGGAUGAAGCUGGGAUCAAGAAAGCUGCAGAAAACAUUAAAGCAAUUAUUGAACAUGAGAUGAAGAACGGGAUCCCUGCCAACCGCAUCAUCCUGGGGGGCUUCUCACAGGGCGGUGCCUUGUCGCUGUACACGGCUCUCACCUGCCAGCACCAGCUGGCUGGAAUUGUGGCACUCAGCUGCUGGCUCCCGCUCCACAAGGCCUUCCCACAGGCGGCGAACAACGGCGUGAACAAGGACAUUGCCAUCCUGCAGUGCCACGGGGAGAUGGAUCCCAUGAUCCCCGUCCGCUUCGGGGCCCUCACUGCCGAGAAGCUGAAAUCUGUCGUCACCCCCACCAAGGUCCAGUUCAAAACCUACCCUGGCGUGAUGCACAGUUCCUGUCCUCAGGAGAUGAUGGCGGUGAAGGAGUUCAUCGAGAAGCUGCUGCCGCGGAUCUGAGCGGAGCCGCUCGGGACUGUCGCAGGGGAGGGUGCCGAGGUCACAGCCGCCCAUCUCCCCCCCGUGACCCGCCUGCUGCAAACGGAAGCCAUGGCCCCCCACUGCACCUCCCGCCGCACCCCCACCUCCCCCCGCCGCCUCUCACCGCGCCCUCUCGGGCCGGGGGUGCCCCGGCUGCCCCUGCUGCUCUCGGAGCCGAGGGUGGAGCGGUCGAAGGCGAGUCUUGGAGUGGCCUUUUCUCUCCUCCUCUUGCUCCAAGCGGGUUCCGUGGGGGUCACGUCCCCCGGGCCCCUGCAGUGUGUGGGCUGGCACAGGGUGGGGGAGGUGUUUCUGUUGGGUUUGGGUUUUUUGUACCAGUAUUAGGGGUGGGACGUGCCCGGGUGCGGCGGGGGGAGCGGGACGGGCACAGGGCAGGGCUGGGGCACCCCUGUGGCCUAGCCCGGGCUGUGCCCUCGGGGGCUGCUCUUGGCCUUCCCUCAGGUGACUCACGGGUUUUCAAUCAGAGCUCAGGAACCCGGGACUCCCCUGCAGAUGCCCCCAGGCCCCGGGGCAGGCUCUGCCCUGGGCCGGUACCGCCAAAGGCUGCCCGGGGCCGGGGCAGGGUCAGCGCAGCCCCCGCACCUCCUGCACGGCCCCGCCUGUCGCACACGCACACUCCCCCCGGCCUGGGCAGCUCUGCCCUCCUCAGAUAAUCUCCUCCUUCCUUCUCUUCCUCCUCCUCCUCCUGUUGCUUUUACAAUCUCCUCCUCGGCCCUUGGGGGUCCCAGAGGUGUCUACCCCCAUUCCCCAGCCCAGCUCUGCACCCUCAGAGCCCUGAAGCUUCGUUUACAGUCACAGGCGGAGCCGCCCGGCGCCGGCCCCGUCCUUAAUGUCUCUCUUGCUGCUACUUGUCCUUUCCUUUGGACUUGGGCUGGCUCGGGGAGGGAGGGGUGAUGUCCCUGGACCCCAGGUUUGGCUCCUGGCGCAGCUGGAAGAAGCAGCUUUGCCCCCAAGCCAUCAUCUCACCAGCGUCUGAGGCCUGGGUGCUGCUGCACCCCGUCCUGUGGGCAGCGCAGGGGUCUCUGUGCUCCCUGGGGGUCUCUCUGCUCCCUGGGGCUGUGGGCUCUUGUCCCACUGUGUACAAUCACCAGGGUCCCCGGGGUCCCUUGCCCAUGGGUUUGUCCUCUCCUGAGUGCUGGCAUCGUGCUGGGUGCGGGGCCAGGACCGUCCCCAGCAGCUCCCCGGGACAGGGCCCCGAAUGUCUCCUCUGGGUGGGCUCCUGGCCCCCCCUCCCCUCCCCUCCCACAGGGCAGAGGGCAGUGGCUGUGGAGCAGCACUGCCCUCGCCUCCCCCCCGGGCUGAGCCCACACCCCCAAGGCCUGGGGCUGAUCAUGUAUUUUAGAACCCCCCCACACCACCCCUGGCCCCAGGGCUGUCCCCACUCUCCCCUGGUCUGGGCCCAGCCUCUCACCCUGUGGAGCUUCUGCCCGGUGCCCCAGGACCAGCAGUGGGCUGGGGCCAGGGCUGGCAGCUCCCCAGGGCCAGGGGCUGCUCUGGGGGCUGGUGGGGGACUCUGGAGGGGGCUCUGCUCCAGCCGUGCCCCCCCAGCCCGGGAUGCCCAAAGCAAUAACCUGCUCUCCGGAGAGUUGGAUCUGUGGGACCCACCCUUGGUUGGGUUCUUGGCUUGGGGUUUGGUUGGGUUUUUAAUUUUUUUUCUCCCCUUUGGGAAGUCUUAAACCAGCAAAGCUGAUGCUGGUGUUGGGGGGAGCCUGGCACUGCCCCUGCCCUGGGGGUCAGUCCUGGCCUGGGGGUUAGUCCUGCUGGAUCUUCUGUGUUGUGUUUUAACACUGCUCUGUCCCCUCUCCCUGUGCUGGGCCAGGGUGGGGGCACAGGGGGCUGGCUGGGGUGGGAGUGCAGCUCCCUGUGGAUCACUGGCUGGGGUGGGAGUGCAGCUCCCUGUGGAUCACUGAGGGCUGGCUGGGGUGGGAGUGCAGCUGCCUGUGGAUCACUGGCUGGGGUGGGAGUGCAGCUCCCUGUGGAUCACUGGCUGGGGUGGGAGUGCAGCUCCCUGUGGAUCACUGGCUGGGGUGGGAGUGCAGCUCCCCGGGGGUACCGAGGGCUGGCGAUGGACAGACCGACCUGUUUGACUGUGAACUGGAACCGUGUGCGAUGGGGGGACCUGGGACCAUCCCUGGGGGGCCUCGUUUGGCCCCCUCCUGCAGAGCAUUCCUGCUCACUCCCCACCUGGGAACCCAGGAGGGAGAAUGGCUUCUCUCCAUUCCUCAAUACAGCUUUGGUUUGUUUUUUUGGGGUUUUUUUGUUGGUUGUUUUUUUUUUUCCUUUUUUUUUUUCCUUCUCUCGUCUUCCUUGUAAAUGUUUGGGGUUUUUUGUGUGUGUGUGCGUGCGUUCCACAGAGAAACAAGGUUAAAUAAAUCCUGAACCUACCCCAGA